AUGGACUUGUUUGAAGAAAAUCAACAGAUACUACUACGUACAAAUGAUAGAUUAAAUAACAUAAAAACUGUCGCAUUAGAAACUGAAGAAAUUGGCAGUGCUAUAGUUCAAGAAUUAGGAGAACAACGUAGUACAUUAAGUGGUGCACGAGAUCGUCUAGAAAAUAUUGACAAUUCUAGACAAUCAUCUCAUCGUUAUAUAGCUGCUAUAAAUAGACAUGUAUUCCAUGAUAAGUUACUUUUGUACCUUGUUAUCAUUGUAGAGUUUUGUAGUCUUCUUGGUCUUAUUUAUUUAAAAUACAUAAAAAAAUAACAAUAACACAUUUAAUUAAUAAUUAUAAAAUAAUUAUCAUUAACAUAUAAUU